AUGUUGACAGCGUCAUCACCAACAUGGAUUUGGAGGUCGGUUAUUGAUCACCCAUCAACUAGACAUGAUAACGAGUCGAUUAAUCAAAAUUGUUUUCUCAUUCAGAAAGGAACGUGCCUUUGGUUAAAUAAGAAGAACAUUCUCAAUGAUCUCACACUGACUGACGAGCAGUUCUUGGAUGUUUGCAUUAUUGCCGGUUCACCGCUUAGCCCUGAGUUUAUCAACUUCAACUUUAAAAGCGUCCACGAUCUAAUUAAACAACACCGAAACGGUUUCAGUGCUGUUCAGAGUUACGCCGCGGAUCACGGUGGCGGUGUGAAGGCGAAUUACAUCGAAGCUUUCUGUCGCAAUAGAUGUGCCAUUAAAUAUCACAUGGUGUUGACGGAUGAGGGGCAGGUUAAGCCCAUGAAUGAAGAAUCUUCGCCUAGCGAUAUUCACGAUAUUAUUGGCUAUCGAUUGCCUGAUGAGGUGUACUAUUAUUUGUCAAGAGGGUUGAUGUCUCCUCAGGUUAUCAACACGUUGAUAUCUGGUGUCUUAAUAGAGAAUCCUCCACUGUGCAACGGCGAAACGCAGGAGUACAGACAAUUCCUCAAUAAUCUGCUUCCACUUCGUACGCAAGCCAUGGGCUUGCUCACUCAGCCUCUGCAUCCGUUCUAUCAAUCUAAGCGCGUCGUUAGCUUCUAUUGGUUUGAACCUAGCACUGAACAUAUAUUAAAUCAUAAUGCUGCUCCGAGUGUUCAUGAAGUAUUGAACACUUGGAAUGUCAUGGAAAGGGGAUUGGAGGAAGAGAAAAAGGCACAAAAGACAUCCACGAUUGAUCUUGCUUUUUGUCUGAGGGCGACAGUAACCUCGGAACAGGCUGCAAAAACAGUGAUGCCAAAAGAUAACAACAAGGCUUUGAGCUCCAGAGAUGAGAUAUGUGCGAACGUUUUGUGGAAACUAUUGGAAUUAAGAGAAUUUUUGACACACUCGCAGCACACUCAUACCGUAUGGGGAACCGCCUUCCACAAGGCCUUUAGUGCAUCCAAGUCUAAUAGGGAGUCUCAUCAGGAACAAUUAUUCAUCGCUCUGGAGUUGAUUAGAUUUGGUUGCGUUCACGGUAACCAUUACAGCAAAGCGUACUACUCUGCUCCGAGCAACGUUAGCGAUGAGGAUAAAAAACACAUUCUCCUAAUUUCCAGGACGCUCAGCCUGAUGCCCGCUAAAUUUAAGGGUAUUCCUUGGGUUGGUCCCCUUUGCCGAGAGCUCUUGGCUUUUAACAGUUUCGUAAAAGUGUUGAACCGUUCGUUGCGGAAUCUAUGCGAGAUGUUAACGUUGUCGAUGUUUUUAAACGGCGACUGUGUGAAAGAAAGACAAGAUUAUCUUGACAUCGCGUUGAGCCUACCGUUUUUGUGCGAUGUGAACACUGGAAUGGGAAUAAUAGCAAAGAUCUACUUGGAAAACGUCAUCGCGUUUUCAAAAGAAGGCGACACUAAUAAGGGCUUGAGCAGUUCGUGUAUAAAUGAGGCGCUCAAGAAAAUUGAAGAGAUCUUUACGGCAUGCAUCAGUGCAAAAGCAGACUUGGAGAAUGGUUUAUCGUUUUGGGAUGAGGUAUAUAAUCUUCAAGGUCCAAUUCGUCCCUCCCUUGACAUUACAUUGGCAUCUCUUACAUUAUUUUUCCCAUGA